AACAUAUUUUAUGCUGUUUAUUGUUUUGUAAGCUUUUGUAUAAAGUACGCUCCAGAUUCAAGACAACGUGGUGAUACUACUGGUUCAUGUUGUUUGGUCUGAGAUCAUAAGUGCCAAUGAGAAUUAAUUUCAAAUAAGUUUCUUUAUUUUUAUUUUUUUAAUUUGGCUAUUAAUCCUUGGAAAUGUAGAUCGCAAGCUCAAAAAUAAUUUUCAACGGGGUGACGUGUUCCCAAUUUUUGUAAAUGUUAUUCUUAGUAGAGUACUUCCUCAUUUCACAAAACAAACCCUGGGCAAAAAUGAAUGAGGGAGAAUAUUGUUUCGGGAGCAUUUGGGAAGUUGGACAGAAAGAUUAGGUUUCUAAGUCAGAAAGUACUUUUGAAGUUGCAAAACGAAACUUUGUACGGUCCGCGGUCGACGAACCGCAUUGAUUAAGACUGCUCCUAGAGCCAGGCGACUUCUCUUUGGCACGAAAUGGCCAAGAGGCUGAAACUUUUCCACUUUUCUUUUCGAACAGAAACAAUCCACGUUAAAGAAAAAAACAAAACAAAUCACAUGGAUUUUAUUUUGCAAUUUUACCAACUUUUUAAAUGUAAAUUUGUUAAAUUUCAAAUUUUAAAAAAUGUUGAGGAUAUUGAAAAGAUAUCGGGACUGUUUUCGAAGGUCGUUUUCCUCUGAGGCACCCUCCGAUUGGCAUCGCAGCUCACCUUUUCCGUAUUACGACCCAUGGUUCAGCCGAUCGACUAGAGGUGACAUGCCACGAACUAAAACUGGAGGAAAAUACACUGUUUCAGCUGUGCCCGGUGUUGGGAUCGGUGUCGAGAUGAUGGCAAUCCUCAUGGAAGUGUUCGACUGCAUGGGCGCCCCCAUAAAUUUCGAGAUGAUGCCAAUUCUAAGCAACGAAUUAGAAUUUAAAAACGCAAUGUUGUCAGUCAGAAGAAACGGAGUGGCCAUCAAAGGCAAUAUCGAAGAAAAGACACCGAUGCAAUUCGCCGGACGUGAGUUACUGACCAAAAACUCAAUUUUUCGCAAGGAGUUAGACCUCUUUGUUAACGUAACACAUAUCAAGAGCUUCCGAGCGCUGAGAAACUUGGUGAAAGCGAAGAAAGACAUUGACAUCGUCAUCAUGCGGAGCAAUCACGAGGGAGAGUUUUUCCUUCUCGAACACUCCCCUAUGAAAAAUCUGAUCGAAAACUACAAAGUGUCUACUUCUUACAACGCCGAUCGUCUGGCUCGCUACGCAUUCGAAUAUGCCAUGUGCUACAAACGUUCAAAAAUCACGUUGGCCAAGAACGUCGAGACGGCACCAAAAUGCGGCAAACUGUUCGACGAAAGUGUCUCUAAGAUUGCCAAAUUAUACCCGAAAAUUAAAUUCGAGAGUUUAUCCGAGACCGCUGUCAUUACGACACUGUUUAAGAACCCCGAAAAAUUCGACCUAAUCCUUUGCAGCGGACUGACGGGUUCGCUCAUUGCGCCGAUGUUGCUCGGCCUGAUAGGUGGAGUGACUCUGGGUUGUUUUGGAGAGAUCAGCGAAAGGUACAUAGUUUUUGAACCGGCCGGGAGAAUACGGGGAACCAAGCUGAUGAAAAAAAAUGUAGCCAAUCCAACACCUUUCUUGCUGGCCGGAGCUUCAGUUCUUAAUGCUGUUGGAGCAGAGUUGUAUGCCGAUUAUUUAGUGGAUGGACUUGAUGAGACUUUUCGACAAGGUGUGAGGACGGCAGACAUCGGAGGAAAAGCAACCACGUCCGAUUUCAUCAAAGCUCUCAUCGAUAACAUUAAGCACAAAGUGCCGAGUGUUCUUUGCAAGCACGAUUUACCACUUGCGAAGAACAAAAUUAUAAUACCCCCCUACCUGCAUCCUGAGAAAUAGAGAUUAUUUUAAAAUAUAUUUCUCAAGUCGUA